AUCUCUCCCACUCUCUCUUUCACAAAACCCACAACGAAAAACCCUUUCUUUCAUUCUCUCUUUCUGUAUUUAAAAAGGUUUUUCCAAACCCAAAACAAAAAGAAAAAACAUCUUUUUUUCUCUUUGUGUUGUCUUCCAUGGAAGCCCUGGCAAACUCUGUGUUUAUUCCCAACUUUCCAGAACAUCAUCCACUUAUCAAUAAUACUCAAUCUUCUUCAGUUAGAACAAUCACUAAGCGAAUUGGGUGCUUGAAAAUCAGUGAAAGUUGUGGUCUUUAUAAACUUCGUACUCAUGCUGUCCCCACUCCCAGUGAGGCUUCUGGGUCCGGUGAAACUGAGGAUGACAAGCCAUUGAAUAAUGGGUUUGGCUUACUUUCUUCUGAAGAUGUUGUCUCUCUCUCUCAAACAAUGUCUAGGAGUAUCGAAUGGCUCCUUCAGAGUUUUAAUGGCCUAUAUUGUCUUCUGAAGGGUGAUUUAAGUCAACGCAAAAACAGUGACACUCAUUUAAAUUUGGAACCAACCGUGGACUCGUCUCUUUCAUCUCAAUGUGGAAGUAGUGCUGCAGCAGCAGGAGGAACUAGAGCCGGGCUUUUUAGAACACCUAUAUCGGGUGGUGUACAAAGUGCUACUUCAGCUCAUGGCUUACCUCGUCCAGCCUUAGCUGUUCGUAAUCUUAUGGAGCAGGCUAGGUUUGCUCAUUUAUGCACUGUAAUGUCUCGAAUGCACCAUCGACGUGAAGGUUAUCCUUUUGGUUCGCUAGUAGAUUUUGCACCCGAUCCUUCUGGACAUCCUAUAUUUUCAUUUUCUCCAUUGGCCAUCCAUACGCGGAAUUUGCUAGCUGAUCCGAGGUGCACCCUAGUUGUGCAGAUUCCCGGAUGGAGUGGAUUGUCAAACGCAAGGGUAACAAUUUUCGGUGAUGUCUAUCCACUUCCAGAACACCAACAGGAGUGGGCUCAUAAGCAAUACAUAGCUAAACAUCAGCAAGGGCCAUCUCAACAAUGGGGGAAUUUUUACUACUUUAGGAUGCAAAACAUAAGUGACAUAUAUUUCAUUGGCGGGUUUGGUACUGUUGCUUGGGUCGAUGUCAAGGAAUACGAAGCCAUUCAGCCCGAUAAGAUUGCAGUUGAUGGUGGCGAACAGAACCUAAAGGAACUCAAUGCAAUAUUUUCGAAGCCUUUAAAAGAACUGUUAUCUGCUGAAACUGAAGUGGAUGAUGCUGCACUCAUAUCUAUAGAUAGCAAAGGAACCGAUGUUCGGGUUCGUCAAGGUGCACAGUUCAACAUACAGAGAGUUUCGUUCGAUGAAGGGCAUUCCGUCGAGACAUUAGAAGAAGCAAAAGCUGCACUUUGGAAGCUCAUAAAGAAAGGUCCAGUAGUAUAUAAUUUGCAGAAGUAAAAAUAUCAAGAAGAAGAAGAGUGGUUUCUGCUUUCAACAACACAUUAAAAUCCUUUCUUUUAUAUUUAUAAUAAGAUUUCAUGGCUUGCAAACAAGUCUCUCUUUUCAUUUUUGUCUUUCUUUCCUUGUAAUGUAAACAAUGGUAGAUUAUUAUUAUCUAUAAUUUUGAAAGAUUUUUCCAUUAGGUCAAGCUUGAUUUUCUUGUAACAAAUUUUGUGGCAAAAUAUGGAAAAUUCAAUGGGGGAGUUUUCAUAAA